GAAGGAGUUGCCGACGAGGGAGGAGAUGAAGAGGGUGCGCUAGAGCCAACGAGGGGGGAGUCUUUCCCAUCGCCGAGCGUGUGGGUUGAUGGGAGGUGAGUCACCAGAGCCGACUCCUCGUGGCUGGGUGCAUCGCUCAUUGUCAGAGAAGAAGGCAAUGACGGAGCUUUCGACAUUUGAGAAGAAGAUGACAAGAGGCGGCAAAGUCAUUCUUCCCCUCGCAAGACCUAGGUUGGCCGCUUCAAUCCGGGCCACAGAGAUGAAGAAUAUUGGAGUCGAUUUAGGCCAAGCUGACCAGCAGAUCGGGCCACCGACUGACUGGAGGAUUUGGCUGAAAAUAGAUCAUCUGGGCGGGUCGAAAUUAGGAGAGGAGUUGGAAGAGUUGCGGCAUUGUCACAGGCCAAAAAUCAGCAAGAUCGGCUGAUGUCUUGGGCAAGGUGGGUCAAGCAGAAGCUAGAGUCUGGGCCGAUCUGUGGAAGGAACCAUACUCUAAUACUAGUCUAUGGGCCAAAUCUUGAGGAAAUUGAGCCACAUGUAAGAAUCGAGGCCAACAUGAGCUGUCUUUUACUAUAAAUAUGUACUUUGCAUUUUCAUUCAUGAAUCAAGAAGAAUAUUAGUAAAAUUAUCC